UUCAUUGGAGAGAGAGAGAGAGACAGAGAGAGAAGAGAGUGCAGAGUCGAGUUCAUCCAAUCCAACCAAAACUUGCGCUGCCCACUAUAUUUUCUCACUCUAUAUCUAUUCGCGUGUAGAUAUAUAUAUAUAUAUAUAUGUAUAUCAUGCACUUUGAUGCUAUGAGCUCUCGAUGAAUUCGAGCCCUAGUUGAUCUUUCUCACUCAAUUCUCUCAUCCCCUGUGGGAUUUACAGCAACAGAACACAGGGUUUUGAUCGUUGAGCAAGAUCAAGAAACCAGAGUGAACAGAGCUAUAUAGAAAGUCCAUAGCUAAAGAUCUCUAGAGUUAGAGAGCCUAAGCAUUCACAAUGGAUCAGCAAGGGCAUGGGCAGCCCCCUGUUAUGGGGGUAGUGGGUAGUUCAGCUCAGAUGCCAUAUGGCGUGGGCCCAUAUCAAGCUAACCAAAUGAUGAGGCCCUCUGCUCCUCCACCAGUUGGAUCGACUCAAUCUCCUCAAACCGGAGGUACCUCUGCCUCGCCAGCUCAGCUUGCGCAGCACCAACUGGGUUAUCCACACAUCCACCAGCAACAGCAACAGCAAUUGCAGCAACAACUCCAGGGUUUUUGGGCAAGUCAGUACCAAGAAAUUGAGCAAACAUCUGAUUUCAAAAACCAUAGCCUUCCAUUAGCUAGGAUUAAAAAGAUCAUGAAAGCAGACGAGGAUGUGAGAAUGAUAUCAGCUGAGGCUCCGGUCGUGUUUGCCAGGGCCUGUGAGAUGUUCAUUUUAGAGUUAACGCUACGGUCUUGGAAUCACACGGAGGAGAACAAAAGGAGGACGCUUCAGAAGAACGAUAUUGCUGCGGCUAUCACAAGGAAUGAGAUAUUUGAUUUCUUGGUUGAUAUCGUUCCGAGGGAGGAUUUGAAAGAUGAGGUACUUGCAUCAAUGCCAAGAGGAACGCUUCCUGUGGGGGGCCCGACUGAAGGCCUUCCAUAUUAUUAUAUGCCGCCACAGCAUGCCCCACAGGUUGGAGCUCCAGGGAUGUUCAUGGGUAAGCCUGUUGAUCAAGCACUUUAUGGCCAGCAAUCUAAUCCUUACGCUGCAGCUCAGCAGAUGUGGCCACAUCAGCAGCAACCACCUGCAGAUUCUUAAGGGAGUGGAUUAACUAGAAACAUGGAUGACUACUAUAUGUUUUGGUGGAUGAUGUUAUCGUAGUAGAAGCAAAGAACAAGAGAAGAUACUGAAGAACUAAUAGAGAAGACCAAAAGAGACAAACAUGUUUGGGAAACUAUUGUUAGCUCUCAGAUAGUAUAGCAUAGCUUGUUCUUCAUAGGAGUCUUUCAUGAGUUUUUUCUGGUUUUACUUUUGUGCCAAAAGUGUGUCAUAAAAUUCUGACCUCUUGUAAGUUAGAGAAUGCAGUGGCAAUGUUUUGGUGGCUGAUGUUACUUUUU